GAAGCAAUGGCUGGUCCCUAUCAGCGCGUGAGCUAUGGGUUUGCGAUGGGAGUGCCCGUGGCUGCACAGAACACGAAGGUGGUGGUGGUGAGUGACGUGUUCUGCUGUCCUUACCCGCUCGAGCUAACCGUCAAGAAGAAAUGUAAAGGACUUAGCGGUGCGAAGCUAGAGGUCGUGGACCUCAACUCUGACGUCCUUCUUCGUGUGGACGGUCCUCACGACAGCUUCAAGAAGAAACGCGUUCUUCGUGACCCCGCCGGGUUCCCUCUCCUCACCAUGCGCGAAAAGUUGACGUCGUUGAGUGACCGAUGGACGGUUCACCGAGGAGAAGGCUCAGAUCCAACGGAGCUCAUGUUCACAGUGAAACGUUCUCAUCCUCUUCAAUGGAGGGCCCGCCUCGACGUCAUGUUUCAAUCUCGUCAUCUCCAAAACUUCAGCGUCGUUGGCACUUACUCCCACGACUCCGCCAAAGUUUACCAUGCCCACGCUCUCAUCGCCGAGGUGAAGGAGAAUUCGUCGUUUGGAGGGUUUUUCAAAGCGAAACAAGACUUUGUGGUUAGAAUAAAUGCAGGCGUUGACUAUGCACUGAUCGUCUCUCUCCUCGUCAUCUUGAACGAGACCAACUCCAUCUUUUAA